AUGUACUUUAAAGUUUAUAUGUUGUUAUUAAUUAGUUUUAAUUUAUGUUUCGUUUUUUUUGGGAUUUUCUUAAAGGAGCUUUUGAAAUGGGCCAUAAACCUUAAGAGCUUAGACGUGAAGGCAUCUAAGCCAAUUAUAGCCACCUGUACGUCUCCGUCUACUAAGGAAUUAAUAUGGGAAUUCCAUAAGCUAUUUGCGUGUAUAUAUAUAUAA